AUGCCGACGUAUCUCAUUGGGAGAGUAUCUGACCCAAUCUUGGGCCUUGCGACGGGAGUGAUGGCCUACUUUCUGUGGGAGAACGAUGCACGUAACUAUCACGAGCGCCCCCAGGGUCGAUCGCUUCCUGAGCUCGUCCGACGCAGACUAGCCAACCAGCCACCGCCCGAGGGCAUCUACGCCGGUCCAGAUGCCACCCAGCGAUCCUUGUUUCACAUCCCUUCAGCAUCACACAAAGACGCCACAGCACCAUCGUCGAACGCAACCAGGUCCACAUCCGACAUUCUUCGAGACGCUAAGGAUCAAGCAGCUUAG